GGGGAGAGAUCCCCGUCUGGAGCUAACAGAGGCUAGCGGCUAACCUGCUGGACAACGCACUGGGGCUUGUUUUACUGACCUUUUCUGUUGCUAGUGUACUUUCUUUUUUUACCCGCACUAAACCACUACACAAUUUUAUAACACGCCGUCAGUGCCAGGCGUGAAAACAGCUGUCCAGGGGAUUUAGUUGCAGCGCGCCUCGAUGUGUGUCCAGUGCUGCGAGCCAGCGAGCUAGCAGCAGCCCCGCUGCAGGAGCCUCCCAGCCGCGCAGGAUGUCGGGCGGCCGGCCGCAGCAGCCCGGCUGUGUGGGGGGGUCCGUGCCCGGCACGAGCGGCAGCAGCAGCGGCAGCAGCAGCGCUGCGGGGGCCGCCGGAGCCGCCGGCAGCAACGGAGUGACCAGCAACCAGAGCAACGGGAGCCCCGCCGGGAGCGUUGCCCCCCGGCCGGCGGCGGCCGCGGCCAGCGAGGGCGGCUCCGCCGUGCCCAGCCUCGCCACGGUGCCCUCGUCCCGGGGAGGGUUCGCCUCCCUCAGCAGACCCACCGCCACCUCGGGGAGCAGGAAGAAGUCCCUCCACCCGGCACCGCUGUACAACGGCCUGCUCAACUCCUACGAGGACAAGAGCAACGACUUUGUUUGUCCCAUCUGCUUCGAAAUGAUAGAAGAGGCACACAUGACAAAGUGUGGACACAGUUUUUGUUAUAAAUGUAUACGCCAGAGCUUACAGGACAGCAACCGAUGCCCCAAGUGUAACUAUAUUGUUGAUAAUGUGGAUCAGUUGUAUCCCAACUUUCUUGUAAAUGAGCUGAUCCUUAAACAGAAACAAAGGUCGGAGGAGAAGAGACUGAAAUUAGAUCAUCCUAAUGGGUCUCGGUGGCAGGUCUUCCAGGACGUUUUGAGUCCUGAUCAGGAAAACUUGGAUCUUGCGAACGUCAAUCUAAUGUUGGAGCUCCUUGUUCAGAAAAAGAAGCAGCUGGAAGCGGAGUCCCAAGCAGCGCAGAGGCAGAUCCUCAUGGAAUUCCUCAAAGAAGCCAGAAGAAAUAAAAGAGAGCAACUAGACCAACUACAGAAAGAACUCAACUUCCUUGAAGAAGACAUCAAGCGUGUUGAAGAAAUGAGUGGGCGUUACUCUCCAAUGACGGAGGCGGAGUGUACAGUGCCUAAUGUUGAGGCACCAGCUCCAACACCCAGCUGCAGUAGUAUCAUGGAGUCAUCAGAUUACAGCCAGCCUCCAGGAUUUGGUGGAACAGCCCAGGGAAAACGGCAGACCUGGUACAACAGCACUCUGGCAUCAAGAAGAAAGAGGCUGACGGCUCAUUUUGAGGAUCUGGAGCAAUGCUACUUCUCCAGCAAAAUGUCACGCAUCACAGAUGAGGGCAGGAACCUGAACCAGUUGGACGAUUUUAUGGAGUGUUUGUCUAAAUUUACACGCUACAACACUGUGCGGCCGCUGGCCACCCUGUCCUACGCCAGUGACCUCUACAACGGCUCCAGUAUUGUCUCUAGUAUUGAGUUUGACCGUGACUGUGACUACUUUGCCAUCGCUGGUGUGACCAAGAAGAUCAAAGUGUUUGAGUAUGGCACUGUGAUCCAGGAUGCAGUGGACAUCCACUACCCAGUCAAUGAGAUGACCUGCAAUUCCAAAAUCAGCUGCAUCAGCUGGAGUAGUUAUCACAAGAACCUCCUGGCCAGCAGCGACUAUGAGGGUACUGUCAUUCUGUGGGAUGGAUUCACCGGCCAGCGGUCCAAAGUGUACCAGGAACAUGAAAAAAGGUGUUGGAGUGUCGACUUCAAUCUCAUGGACCCCAAACUCCUAGCUUCUGGUUCUGAUGAUGCGAAAGUGAAGCUGUGGUCAACCAACCUUGACAACUCAGUAGCGAGCAUCGAGGCCAAGGCUAACGUUUGUUGUGUUAAAUUUAGCCCAACUUCAAGAUAUCAUCUGGCAUUUGGUUGUGCAGACCACUGUGUCCACUACUACGACCUACGCAACACAAAGCAGCCAAUCAUGGUGUUCAAGGGCCACAGGAAGGCCGUGUCUUAUGCCAAGUUUGUAAAUGGGGAAGAAAUUGUUUCCGCUUCGACAGACAGUCAGCUGAAGUUGUGGAACGUCAACAAACCUCACUGCCUGCGCUCGUUCAAGGGCCACAUCAACGAGAAGAACUUUGUUGGGCUGGCAUCCAACGGAGACUAUGUCGCAUGUGGAAGUGAGAACAACUCCCUUUACCUAUACUACAAAGGACUUUCCAAGACACUGUUAACGUUUAAGUUUGACACAGUGAAGAGUGUACUGGACAAGGACAAGAAGGAAGACGACACCAACGAGUUUGUCAGUGCCGUCUGCUGGAGGGCCAUGCCUGACGGAGAGUCAAAUGUUCUCAUUGCUGCAAACAGUCAAGGAACAAUCAAGGUACUUGAACUUGUCUGAAGACCUGCCUGUCACGAGUGAGCAUUGGAAGAACCGUCAGCCUCCUGUGCCGGUGGAAGGCUCCGUCAGAGGCAGGGAGAGUCCAUACUGCCUGAGGAGCAGUGGGAGAACCCAAAUCAACCGAACCUGACGUAUUUUCAUUGAUCUACAUGGCUUUCUGACAGCAGGAGAGACUUUGGACCAGUGCAACAGCAUAGCAGGAGAAGUUGUGCUGCCAUUUUAUCGUAACUAAACGAGAACCAAGCUUGGGCACAAAAAGGACUUUGGAGAAAGCAGUUUUAUUUCUUUUCUAUAAGCUUCUAUUGACUACAGUAGAACACCUCUUUAUGGUUUUAGGUCAAAUCAAAACGUUUUGUUUUUUUGUUUUAAAUUAAACAUUUCUCUCCAUGGUACAUCCAGCCAAAUGCUACCUGUUUGCAUUUUCUCUUUUAAAGGCCAAAGCACAAGACAAUAUAACAUGCAAAAAUUGUCUUCAAGUGAAGCGUUUUAAACCCCCUUUGUCUUUCAACCUCCUGUUUAUUUCCCUUUAUGUGUAGUUUUUGUGUUUUUCAGAUUGGGAGAAAGACGUUUUAAUAAAUAUGACUUGAAUUUCAUUCUUUCAAGUGUACAUUAAUUUCUUUUUCUGGCUCAAAACAGAAUGUGAAGUAGUGUCUGCUUUUCUUUCUGUUUUUUGAACAAAAUGAGACUCCAGUUUGUAAUCAGUAAUUGAUUGUCUAACUUGAGGCUGAAGCGCUACUUGGAAUUAGACUUUAUGCUGUAUUUAAGUUGUUGCUUUUUGAAAGAUGCCAACCUUGAAGAGUCGGGUUUUAGUUCUUUUAAAGAGGCAGUGGAAUUACUCUACACGUGCAGUCUCUGAAUCACAUCAUCUGAACUGAAUGGGAUCUGAGCUAAAGAACUGCUGUCAGCUUUUGUGGAGUGGUAAACUGUGACGAAGCAUGGACAGAGAAGACAAUUCCACCAAGACCUUCCUAUUUUAUGAAAAUUGAGUGAGAGAGGUGUUUUGUAUUUGUAUUACAGAAUAAAUUAUUUCGAAACAGUUGUCAUUUUUUACU